CGACGGCUCCAGAGCGCAGUCGGAGAAGGGAAGAAGGCGAAGCCGGGAGUGCUGCUGCUGCCGCCGCCGCCGCCGCCUGCCAGAAACGAUGCCAGUGCCAGACCCGAGAGGUGAUGCGGGCCGAUGGGCCAACGCCAGUGCCCGUGUGCGACUGCCCAGCCAGCCAGAGCCUCCGGCCCGGAGGAAGAAACGGAAUUGGUUUUAUAAAUGUUGUCGGUGCUGCUCGGGCCAGGCGGAUGAUGGCGACUGGGGACCUGCGCCAGGGGAGGUGCCCGGAGCUCGGAGGACAGAUCCUGUCAUCCGCGAGGGCAUGUUGGUUGUCAGUGGCAUCGACAUGAUGAGCAGCCGGUCCGGAAGCAACCGGUGUGAGCACCACACAGACGAAUACGAAUACGAUCACCUCAUUGUCCGCCGUGGGCAGCCUUUCAAGAUAAAACUUCAGUUCCAUCAGGAGUAUGACCCAGAAGAGCACCGUGUUUGCCUCGAGUUCCUCAUUGGGCCCACGCCACAGACUUCCAAGGGGACGCACAUUCUGGUCCCGGUGGGCAGCCGACUAUCGGAGAAGGGUUGGGCAGCUGAGUUGGUUGAUUUGGACUCAAACACCAUGACCCUUCGGGUAACCAGUUCGCCCAAAGCUGUGAUUGGCAAAUACCAAUUCAGCGUCAAGACACGAAGCAAAGCGGGCGAGUACCAGGCGCCCUUCGACCCCCGCUAUGAGACUUACAUUCUCUUCAACCCCUGGUGUCACGAUGAUCCCGUUUACGUGCCGCAAACCAGUACGCUUGAGGAGUACAUCUUGAAUGAAACGGGGCGCAUCUACUAUGGGACGGAAUCACAGAUUGGGGAGCGGACGUGGAACUAUGGGCAGUUUGACCAGGGCGUGCUGGAUGCCUGCCUCUAUAUGUUGGACCGACGAGGGAUGCCUCAUGCGAGUCGCGGAGACCCGAUCAUGGUCUCCCGUGUUGUUUCUGCCAUGGUGAACUCUCUGGAUGACAACGGAGUCCUGGUAGGAAACUGGACGGGCGACUAUUCCCGCGGCACCAACCCCUCGGCCUGGGUAGGCAGCCGAGACAUCCUCCUGAAGUAUCACAAGACGGGCUACCCCGUGCUCUACGGACAGUGCUGGGUGUUUGCCGGAGUUGUGACUACAGUGCUGCGGUGCUUGGGCAUUGCCACGCGGACAGUCACCAACUACAACUCGGCGCAUGACACAGACGUCAGCCUCACCAUGGACAUUUACUUUGAUGAGAAUAUGAAACCCUUGGAGCACCUUAAUGCCGACUCUGUCUGGAAUUUCCAUGUCUGGAAUGAUUGCUGGAUGACCCGUCCUGAUCUGCCUUCAGGGUUUGAUGGCUGGCAAGUAGUGGAUGCCACUCCUCAAGAGUCAAGCAGUGGCAUCUUCUGCUGUGGACCCUGCUCCGUAGAGGCCAUCAAGAACGGCUUGGUCUACAUGAAAUAUGAUGCCUCCUUCUGCUUUGCUGAGGUAAACAGUGACAAGGUGUAUUGGCAGCGCCAAUCUGAUGGAAGUUUCAAGAUAGUCUAUGUGGAAGAGAAAGCCAUUGGCCACCUGAUCAGCACCAAAGCCGUGGGCUCCAACAAGCGUGACGACCUCACCAGCCUCUACAAACAUCCCGAGGGGUCUGAUGAGGAACGCAAAGCAGUGGAAACGGCUGCCAAACAUGGCACCAAGGCCCACAUCUACAUCAACAAAGACUGGGGGGACGACAUCUCGAUGACGGUAGACACCCAAGAUGCUUACACAGGGCAAGACAUCACCCUGCGGAUCAACCUGAAGAACAAAAGCAACAUGCCCCGCAACAUCUCGCUGAACCUCUUUGUGUCAGUCAUGUACUACACCGGCGUAACGGGCAGCCAUUUUAAGAAGGAGCAGCGGCAAGUCCAGAUUCCAGCAAAUGGAGCCCAGACUGUCCCGAUGCUGAUCUCAUACGCUGAGUACAAGCCCCACUUGGUGGACCAGGGGGCCAUGAAGCUUAGCAUCUCCGGAAAAGUAGCCGAGACGGGUCAAACUCUCGCUAAAGAGCACACCUUCCGCCUGCGCACUCCAGAUCUCACUCUGACGUUACUGGCCCCAGCCAUUGUUGGACAAGAGACGCAAGUCCAGAUCAUCUUCAAAAACCCUCUUCCAGUCACGCUGACCGGCGCCAUCUUCCACAUGGAGGGAUCCGGGCUUUCCACCCCGAAUACGAUGACAGUGGGGGACAUCGGCCCGCACCAAACGGUGAAGCUGCGCCAGUGUUUCACGCCACUGCGCCCAGGCCGUCGCCAGCUGGUGGCCAGUCUGGACAGCCCACAGCUCUCCCAGGUCCAUGGAGUGCUGACGAUCGAUGUGGCCCCAGGGUCUGCGGUGGGCCCAUCGGAUCCUCCUGCCCCUUCUCGGGCCUCCCCUGCUCCCGCUCGGCAUUCUCCUGCCCUUUCCCGAGACUCUCCGGGUAGGCAGCCCACCAACCGCGGCAGCCCCGCCAAUGCUCGAGUAUCUCCAGCUCGGGGAUCCCCAUCCCGGGGAUCUCCAUCCCGCCAGCCAGAUCCCCGGGGAUCUCCCAACGUUCGUGGGUCGCCUGGUGUUGUUCGCAGAGGAGAGCGGACUGGGCGCCCUGUCUGAGCCAGGCUUUAGUUGCUAUGUACUGUAUAUCUACAAUGCCAGCAGAAGUGGGGGGCAAGAGGGGGUAAAGGGGGCCCUGUCUGAGCCAUGGAACCACAGCAGUAGGGGGGAGGUAGCUGGAAACUGGAUCACCCAGAUCCCAUCCCAGAGAAUCUCCCAUCUGUCCACGGAGAGAGUCCGCCAUACCAUCUCUCGUUCCACCCUAUUUACAUUAGUCCUGCUGUCGCCACCCCACCCUCUUUACAAUCUCCCCCCCCCAUUUAGAUUCCUUAUCUCACUUGCUCUGUGUGUUCAUCCACUCAUGUCGCCCCCCUGAACUGUAAUCUACCCUUUCUGUCCCCGUACAGAAUCACCAGUCCUGCCCACAGUCUCCUGGCACCAAUUUCACUUGUUGCACCCUUGUGCUUACUUAUGACUUCACCCCUUUUGCUCACUUCCUCCCUCCCUGGUUCCUGCCAUCAGCACCGUGUUCUUGCCACAAGCCCUCACCCUGUCGCUGUCCAGGAUCCCCUAUAAGUUUGGCCCUGAUUUCCAUCCAACCCCACACCGUUUCCCCACCGUUUCCCCAACACACUCCGAUCUGCUCCCAGUGAUGCACACAGCUCUAAAAGGCCCGCCACUUUUCAUUUAUAGCUUUGCUGGUUUUUAGCCUCUCCAAGGUAAACACGAGAGCUGCUCCUGAGCCCGGUCUUCCAGAUCUGUCCCUACCAGAUCUACUGGAAUUACCUCUCCUGUGCAGAAAGCAGGACCGCAGCUUCUGUCCCCCGCCCCAACCCACUUUCGGGAGGUGAAUUUGUAUAGGUUGGGGUGGGAGCGUUCAGGAAUCUCCGUAAAAAAUGCACCUGAUGGAAAGAAACGGAGAAAGGAUAAGCCGCUGUAAGAUAUAUAUUGACCAGCCGUCGCUGGCUCGCCUUUGCUCACUUAUUUAAAUGCUUGCACCUUUUAAAGGAGCUGAGGGCCUCCCUUGCCUUGCACUGAAGCUGAGCUUUUAAAGGAACAUAUGAGCACUGGGGGUGGGGGUGGGUGGGAACGCACAGCAAUGCAUGCCAAGGCGGGUGGCAGCCCGGCAUGAUGAUUUAUGGCAAGAUUUUAAAAAACCAUUUUGCAUUUAAACUACAUGGAAAUGAACAACGCCAAACAAAAUGCUGUGAUUUUUUUUCACACAAAUAUAGGUAUUUAUUUGAAAAUAAAUG